GAGGGCCUCAGUUCGAGCAAUCGCCGGUACUCUAGCCUCGCUGCCUACUUACAUUCACAUACACUAACACAACCAUCGACCGCCGGGAAACACGAUGCACACCCUCGCGACGGUAGCAACGGUGCUCACCGCGCUGCUAGCGGUAUCGGCACAACAGUACCAGCGACCUGGCGGUAAUUAUAUUGACGAUUAUGCCCAAUACGACUCCCAACAACCUAGCCAGCCGACUCCACGUAGCUACGCGACCGAUCCGGACCGUCAAUCGGCUGCGCCAGCGAAUCCGAAGCCGACGCCGGUGGCAAUCCUGAAGCAAAUCAAUCGACACAACGAAGAUGGUUCGUACACGUAUGGUUUCGAAGGCGCAGAUGGCUCCUUCAAGAUUGAGACCAAAUUGCCGACCGGCGACGUGAAGGGCAAGUACGGUUUCGUCGAUGACACUGGCAAGGUCCGUAUAGUCGAAUAUGGCGCGGAUCAGUACGGCUUCCAGCCGGCCGGUGAAGGUAUCACCGUGGCCCCACCAACCCUAUUCGACGAGACCACCAGCAAGGAGGCCCUCGCAGCGCAGGCCUACGAGGAGCAACAACAGCAGCAGCAGCCACGGCAACUGCCCGCUCGUCCGGCUUAUCAACAACAAUCACACACCCAGGCUGUAUACGCUCCUGCGCAGGUAGCCCCAAGCAGACCCGCGCUCCCCAAACCUCCCAUUUUCACCCCGGCUGCCCCAGCACCCCAAGCGCCGCGACAACCCCUGCUGCCGCAGAACUACGAGCCAGCGCCGUCCUCGCAGCUCUACAAUCAGGGACCAGCUCAGUUCAGUCCUGCGCCACAACAAUCUGAUGGCCGUUCCCAGCCGCAGGCCCGCAGCGGCGCGGGUGGUGGUAUCCUGGACCAGCUCGCCAGGGACUAUGCUCUGCCUCAGGGAGUGGCACCGCCAUUGCACGACAUCAGCUUCGGCUACUACUAGGCUGUCUAGUCCUGCCCCUUUGCCUACCGAAGAGUAGAAGAGUCUAGGAUCAAUCGUUCGAGCCUCAACAAAAUUUUAUGCCGCUCAAUUGUAACUCUAUGUUGAAACUCUAAUGUUUUUCAUAGAAUAGAUUUACGUUAUGUCAAUGUAGAAUUUAAUUUUCGUGUAUAGAAAUUAAGCGCUAUGUGUAUUAUAACUAUAAUAUAGUUAUAAGAGUACGAUCUACUUACGUUGCAAAUGCUUCGAAGCACUUGAUUGAUCAAUCAGAAAAAAGAAGUUUAUUAACUAACCAAUCAAAGAAUGCUUUAAAGAAUUGUUGCAUCAAGUGGACCGUAACCCAAGUAUUAUGAUUGAUCCUAAACUCAAUUGCUCGUUUCGGUUACGUGUUGGUCUUGUAUUCUAUUCGUGAAAUGGGACGCGUCGGCGACUGGAUAACUUGUCAUAAUUUUGGCGUGACUCACUCUAUCUGAAGUGGACGGCAGUGUGAUGAUCGCGAAUAGAUCAUAUAUUGCAAUCGGAAGUUGAGAAUUAUUAGUCUAUUGAUGUCUAAAAUCGCGAUAAAAUUCUAUUCCGUUCACGUAACAUGAUUUUUUUUCAUAUUAAUUAUAUUUAAUUAACAAUUCAAAUACGUAUCUACACAAGAGAG